AUGUUUGUCGCGCGACAACGGGCGGGCUGCCUCGCCCGCCAGCUGCAGCGGCCAGCUCGCAGCUACGCCUCCGACGCUCACGGACGCCACGCUGCCGCCGCCCCGGUCAACGAGUCGUUUGGGAAAGGUGCCGUGUCCGCUGUCGCCGUCUUCUUCGGCGGCGUCCUAUUCUACCAGUUUGUCCCCAAGGAGGGCGAGGAGUCGGCCGUCUCGAAUAUAAUCGGCAAGUACCUCUCGAGGCCCGAGGACUGGGAGGAGAUCAACGCGCUGCACACCAAGGCGAUGGAGCAGGCCGGCUUCGACCGAAACCUGUUCGAAAACGCAUCCAACAAGCACAGAUUUGUCAACGUCUCGUACCCCGAGGCGCUGCAUUCCCACGCGCCACGAAACAUUCGGGCCGGCCACAUCAGAAACCUCGAUGACGUUGUUAAGCACUUUCGGCAGCAGCAUAUCAAGGACGAGGAGCGGAAAGCCAAAAAGCGGGCGGAGCAGCAGCAAUGA